CGUGUCAUGCUUUCUUUCCCGAUCCUACUACACUUGAUUCCUGUUUUGCUCCAGGUUGGUGGUACAUUACUUGGAUCCCUGCACACUUUAUAAGACCUUUUGAUCUAAUAGGAAGAAAAACAAGCUAUUCCCGCUGCUUUAAAUAAUUUGUAUGACAGCAGCAAGCUCAGCAAUUCCCUGCGAAGUGGUUGUGGUCACACGUCUGUAUUUUUGCUGGUUAGGAAGUGAAGCAAUUGUUGCAUUGUGUCUUUGUCUAGAGAUAUGUUUCCAGUUGCAUGGACACAAUCCCUCGGUUCCACUUCCAGAGUUCAACUGCAAACUUCAUUCAGCAAAAAAAGUUUAUUUGUCCUGGCAGAGGCGAUCGGCGGGAUGUCUUGACAGAGAUGUAAAUACGAGUUUCGUCCUCAGAUCACUCAUGAAGUGCAGGAACUCGUUCCAGAUCUUCUCCUUGUGAAGAAAACGCUUGGAUUAGCUGUCAUCGGGUGUGUUUUCAGCCAUGGCUGUGAGCAGUGGUGUCUCUGCCAUACGUAGGGUGGCUAUAUUUGGAGGCACUCAUGGAAAUGAACUUACUGGUGUUUUUCUAGUUAAACACUGGCUAAAACACGGAGAGGAGAUUACCAGGUCGGGUAUGGAGGUGAGACCCUUUAUUACCAACCCAAAAGCUGUGGAGAAAUGUGUUAGAUAUGUUGACACUGACCUGAACAGAGUUUUUGACAAUCAAAGUCUUAGUAAACAAAAUAAAGUAAAAAUACCCUAUGAGAUAACACAGGCUCAAGAGAUCAAUUCCAUAUUUGGUCCUAAAGGGAAUAAAGAUGCCUACGAUGUUAUCCUGGACCUUCACAACACCACCUCUAAAAUGGGGGCUACGCUGAUCCUUGAGGACUCCAAGGAUGAUUUCACAAUUCAGAUGUUCCAUUACAUUCAGAACUCCAUGGCUCCUGUACCUUGCUCUGUGUUGCUCAUUGAACACCCCAAAAUAAAAUACGCAACUGCACGCUCAGUAGCAAAACACCCUGUUGGCAUUGAAGUGGGACCACAGCCUCAAGGUGUUGUUCGAGCAGAUAUUCUCGAAAAAAUGAGAAGAAUUGUUAUAUAUGCACUUGACUUUAUGCAACAAUUUAAUGAAGGUUCAGAGUUUCCACCAUGUAGUAUUGAAGUGUUCAAAGUGCUAGAGAAGACCAGCUAUCCCAGAAAUGAGAACGGUGAACUUGCUGCUAUUAUUCAUGAAAAUCUUCAGGACCAGGAUUGGAGAGCUCUAAACCCAGGGGACCCUAUGUUUAUCACAAUGGAUGGAAAAGUCAUUCCAUAUGAAGGAGAGCACACCGUGUAUCCAACAUUUGUGAAUGAAGCAGCUUACUACGAGAAAAAUGAGGCCUUUGUCAAAACACAGAAGUUGACAUUAUCUGCACAAAGUGUUCGGUGUAAAUCUAUAUAAAUGAUUAUAACAGCCAUAUCCUCAACUUACUUGCUUGUAUGCACUGUACGUUUUUUAGGUCCAAACGACAUGAGCGUUAAAAAA